AUGCAGCUGUGGCACUCCGUUCUCCAGCUUUCCUUGCUGGCUUCUGCUGCCAUCCCGACCGCGGCUGCCUCCGCAUGGGGAUUUACUGAUGCCACCGUGUCAGUAAACACCAAAGGCGCAGGUGUCGGCGCGGGCGUGAAGGAGGUUAUCCCCGAUAACAAAGCUCUCACCAAGCCCGUCGCCCUUGGAGUCGCCGAUACCUUGAAAGUUACCUUGACAGCUCAAGAAGGACGCGCCGGAAAGCACGCACACCAAGUGUACCUCCUUCUCCAGGAUCCUGAGACCGGAUUGGACAUUUCAUACCCUUUCAACGUCAAGGACAAUGGCAAGUCCAGGCUUGACCUGAAAGACCUUCCCAUCCAAUUCCUUUCCGCCUCCGAGCCUCUCGAGGCCCGAUUCCUCAUCGGAUCCUUCGGCGAGUCGACCGCAUACAAUGCUGCUGCCUUCCAGCUGGAUGUGACCCGUAACGCUGAUGAGCCCGUCCCGACCGUCGAGGUUUCGCGGUACGGAAAGCUUCCUGAGAUCCACCACAUCUUCAAGAGCGACCCUCAGAGCCCUCCCGUUGUGAUCACCUUGGCUUUUGUCGCCAUGGUGCUUGCUACUCUGCCCGUUCUGGGUGGUGUGUGGCUCUUCCUCGGCGUCAACGUCAACCACCUGCCUACCGCCUUGAAGUCGGCUCCUAUUCCUCACGUCGUGUUCCUUGGCUCCCUUCUCUCCAUCGAGGGCAUCUUCUUCUUGUACUAUACUUCUUGGACUCUUUUCCAGAUCCUCCCUGCUGUCGCAGUGGUCGGAUCCGUCGCAUUCGUCAGCGGCAGCCGCGCUCUGGGUGAGGUCCAGGGCAGACGGCUUGCCGGACUCAGGUAA